CAAAUAUGGAAAAUGAAAUCACCAACCUAGAGGGCCUUCUAGAGGAACUCUCUCAAGAAAUCUCCCCCUGGGUGGAAGAGAUCGAAGCUAAUAUGGAGAAACAUGCACAUAAAGGAUAUUCAAAAGCAUUUGGAGACAAAAAUCAUAUUGAGAAGGCACAAAUUUCAGCCAAUUUUUCUUUCAUUUUGCAGACAUUGUACUUUGCACUCAUUAAGUUGAACAACAAGAGUGUCGAGUCUUAUACUAUUAAUGAAGAGAUCGAGAGGAUCAAGAAACUGUACAUCAAAAUAGACAAAGUAAUUAAUCCUGAAAAAUACAAAGAAACUAAAGAGAAAAGAGAUUCUGAAGUCACAAAGAGGAUAGUCAAAAGCUGACUCAGUGCGAAUAACUUUAUUGAUAAGCAGCAGCAAAAAGAGAAAAUGAAAGCCAAAUCUAAAGCUAAAGUUUCAAAGUCUUCUAAGCAUAAAGUGAAAAGUUCAGACUAUAUGAGUGAAGACAGUGACUAAUAAUUUA